AUGUGGAUCGACACAAUCUCGAAAGACGUCAUCUGCUCUGCACACUCGCGUACCAGACUCAAUGCUGCACAUCUUGCUCUUCACGUUCAUACUGCAAUCAACUGCCUUGCGUCGUUCACUUUGCCCGGCGACCACGAGCCAUCCUUUUUCGAAGUCUUCUCGGGACCGGUUCAGACGCUCUUCCGCGCACGGGUCCGGGCUAUAUCGAGCGAUGGCAUACCUAGCUUGACCUGCCUCAAGGAAAUUGACUACCCAUGGUCACCAGACUGCCUGCUUGUCGGUUCUCAGAUGUCACCGGCCAACAUCGAAUACGUUAUGGACGCCAGCGCGAUCAUGGAAAAGCACGUUCAAGGCACCUCAGCUGCAAUCGUUGCCGCCGUUGCAGACUGCUGCGACCUGAAGUGGGAGGCCCGGAUAUUAUGGUAUUACAGCAGAGAUGACUUUGCUGCGACAAGGCCAACCUUUGCACUGAGAUGCACUGAUGCCAAGAAGAGAUAUUCCAGCUACUACAAUCUCAGCUGCAUAGCCUUCUUCCGACAAAAGGUGACUUUCAAGUGCGAAAUGGACGAAAUGGGUGACACCAUCUCUACUUUCGUGCUCUAUCUGCAAAUCCGCUCCUGCUUGAUGCUACUUCUGCUCUCUUCCGUCCUCGUGGGCUCCGCCAUCGCUUCGCCAAAGAGCACCGGUCAGCUCUGCAUAGGCGUGCAGUCAUGCAUCGUCAACUGCAUCGGGUCAUACAUUCUGCGCGGCGCAGACUCACCAGCAGCCUUUGAGGUUCUCUCCGCGCCGGAUAAAACACUGUUCCGUGGUCGAGUGCAGCUUGCGCGUGACGAAGAAAGCAUUGUCUUGGGCUGUCACAAGCAGCGCGACCAACCGUGGGGUCCUGAUUGCAAGGUGAUCGAUGUGCGAUCGUCACCUUCGACGAUCGAAUACAUCAUAGAUGCUGAAACGAAGUUCGACAAGCACGUUCAAGGCAGCUCACAUGCCAUCGUCGGAGCAGUCUAUGACUGCUGUGAUCUGAAGUGGGAAGCACAGAUGACUUGGGACCUUACCUGGGGCGAUUUCGAUGCAACAGAGCCUACUCUUGUCUUGCGAUGCUCGAACGAUCGGACCAGAUACUCCAGAAGCGAAGGAAACAAGCUCGGCGUAGACUUCUCAUUGCAAGCCGUACAUAGAGAGCGCCUGCGUCUGGCAACCAUGUCACAGCUCGAGGAUUUUGCGGAGGGAUGCUUGCGCUUGGGUGGCUGUCCACAUUGCAUGUCGGCGCUCUGCGCCCAAAAGCGCGACGCGCACUUCUCUAUCUCUUUCUCUGGUCUGAUCGUCGCGGGUACCAUACCGGCAUCCUCAAUCGAUCUCCAGCUCUAUCGGAGGGACAACGUCAGCAUGCGUCCAGACAAGCACGCCGUCGCUCCGCCGAGAAAUCUGGUCGAGCUUUGCAUCGGCGUUCAGUCAUGCAUAGUCAACUGUUUUGGGGAGCACAUCAUACCUGGCACAUCGGCGCCAUCGACUUUCCGGGUCUAUGCAGGGCCGACCAAGACACUCUUCCGCGCCCUACUUCAGAAUAUAAACGGCGUCCCCAAUGCGUACUGUCACCAGUCGAAAGGUCAGCCGUGGUGGCCGAACUGCUCGCUCGUCGGGUCGGAUUUGUCGCCUUCUCAGACGGAGUAUCUUGUCAACGCCACAAAGACUGUGGACAAAUUCGUCCAAGGCAGCUCAGACAUAAUCGUCACGGCGAUCUCCGACUGCUGCGAGCUGACAUGGGAAGCGCAAAUGCAGUGGAGUCCUGGAAGGGCGAAUGACUUUACCGCAACAGAGCCUACCUUAAGCCUCCGAUGCACGAAUCUCGUGACGAUACCGUCCACCAGGAGCGGGACGCGCUGUCAAGACUUCUUCGGUCUGAAGACCAGAUUCGAUUGCGAACUGGAUGAAGAUGACGACGGCUGCGCUCUGUCGCUAGAGCAACGAGUCAGCAAGGGCUGCCGUUUCCGAGAGUCAGCAAGCUCAUGA